UGUGAGCCGGGAGCCAGGGCUGAGCCGCUGCUGCUCCCCAGCUGGGUCUGUGCGGGAACUUAAGAGCCCUUCCCUAGCGCCCCUCUGUGCCCAGCCGGGGGGACUUUCUCCGGGGGCUGGAACCAGCCCCUGGGGCAGCCCCGGGCUCUGCCGACACCAGCUGCUGAGCCGGAGCCUGCAGCAGGUGAUGGGAUGGUGAGUGAGAAUGAGGAGGAGAAAUCUCAGCAGGAAGAUGCUGAGCCAGUGGAACUGCAUGGGAUAGUAUUGGGAAGAGUUGAAGGGGAUGUUUCCCAGAGCCCUGAGCAGGAAGAAGCCUGUGAGAGUCAGCUCAGGCCAGAGAGGGCACAUGGAAACCAGCCAGAGGAGAGACUGGAUAAAUCUACUCGUGGGAAAAGAGGGGACAAGAACGUCCAUGACGCUGUCCAACAAAGAAACUCAGCUGAGCAGAGAUCACUCGCCUGUGGUAAAUGUGGGCAAAGCUUCCCCUGCAGCUCCGCCCUCAGCCUGCACCAGAGGAGUCACAACAGUGCCAGAGAGAAACCCUACAAAUGUGAGGAGUGCGGGAAAAGGUUCAGCCGGAGCUUGAACCUCAUCAUUCACCAGAGAGUGCACACGGGAGAGAGACCCUACAAAUGCCCCGACUGCACGAAAUGUUUCAAGAACAGCUCUGGGUUCCUGAGGCAUCAACUAGCCCACACGGGCGAUAAGCCCUUCAUCUGCCCAGACUGCGGGAAAUGCUUCAAUCGGAGCUCCACCCUCGUCACACACCAGAGGACCCACACGGGGCAACAGCCCUACAAGUGCACUCACUGCGGGAAAGCCUUCAGCCAGAGCUCCAACCUGAUCAGACACCAGAGAACCCAUGGGGGAGAGCGCCCCUACCCAUGUCCCGACUGUGGGAAGAGCUUCACCCAGAGCUCCAACCUCAUGACCCACCAGAGAAUCCACACGGGGGAGAGACCCUACAAAUGCACCGAGUGCGGGAAAGGCUUCGUUCAGAUCGCAAGCCUUCUUUCCCACGAACGAACCCACAUGGAGGGGAAACCCCACGAGUGUCCUGACUGCGGGAAAAGGUUCCGCUACGGCUCCAGCCUGACUUCCCAUCAGAGAACUCACACAGAGGAGAAUCCCUAUAAAUGUCCUGACUGCGGGAAAAGCUUCCCUCAGAGCUCGAACCUCAGCAGGCACCAGCGAAUCCACACAGGAGAGAAACCUUAUGAGUGCCCCGUGUGCGGGAGAAGCUUCAUUCAGAAAUCAAAUCUGUUCGCUCACCAGAGAACCCACUUGGUAGACAAACCUUCCAAGUCCCCUCCCAAAUGAGGGCUAGGCCUCUGUCAGAAUCCAGGUGUUACUGCAGAGGGUAUAGUGCAGAAGGGAGUUGGGGCUCAUUCACAGCCUUUUAACUUAAAGGGUGAUGUUAGCCUGGUUUAAUAGGCUGUGUGAACACGCUAUAAUCCAGGCUUAUUUUGGUUUAGCCUAAAUUGAUUAGGUGAGGUCUCUACAGACAAAAAAUUACCCCAGUCUAAGGGCCUCUCCGAGCAGGGAAGUUAUUCCAGAAUAAGGGAGAGUGUGAAUUUGAAGUGGUACAGAUAUCCCUUAAUGACACCGCAUAUGGACACUCUCGUAUUGAGAUUUAGGGUCCAUGUGGGGAGUUGUUCUAAAAUAGCAGUAGCCAGUCAGUUUCCCCAUGUAGACAAGCCCUAAUUAAAGGUAGGAUUAUAAACUGAUUUAGUUUAACAGGCACAGCUGUAUUUGUGAUGCUCAUAUCAUUUCCAACCUUGCUUGGCUUGGUUUAGUUUGAGGUGUUUACACCAUGUUAAUUAGACCUUUGUGAGUUUGUGUAUGGAUAAGGACUUUGCUGGAGCACUGACCUCCACUCCUAUCAAAGGCGUGAACUUUGGGGACUAAAAAUUAAAAAGGAAAUGGGCAGAAAAAGUCAUUCACAUUAGGUAGAAGAUAAACAAUUACAUGAUUGAACCAAGCAGAAUCUACAAACUAAUUGUAGGCAAUGGAAUAGGAAGAUGUGAAAGAAACAAACAAGAGCCGCCAAAUCUACUUUGUCAUUUAAUCCUUCCUUGCUAUGUUGUGAUGUAGCUGACCCAGUUACCACAGCACAGAAUCAUAGAAUAUCAGGGUUAGAAGGGACCUCAGGAGGUCAUCUAGUCCAACCCCCUGC